AAGAAUGGCUGCUAGAUGUUUGCUGCUGCUCGUUUGCUUUGCACUACGCACUCGUUUCAUCGUUCACUCUCUCAAGAUAAACGUGACAAGAACGACGCCUCACGAGAUCGAGGGAGAAACAACCUCGUUCACGUGUACCGCUGAUGGAUUGGGGUAUGGAUUCCUGCAGUGGAUUCUGGACGGCACACCCCUGGACUCGACGCCCUGCUCUGGUUCACAAGACAGGAUUCGUUUAAUAUGCCUUGAUCUUACGCUGUACAGAAAUAACUCUGGCAAGACUCUAACAUGCACAUCGGUUGGGGAAUAUACAAACACCGAUACAACACUGCGGCUGAACGCACUUCAUCCACCGGAUGUCGUGACCCUCGAGGCUAACACGACUUCCGGUUUGAUUUACAAGUUCAACUGUACUGCCUCAGGAGCAAACCCAGCUGUGAAGAUCACGUGGUUGGUUAACAUAAAUGAUGUGCAGAGCCGCGAAGUUAUCGUUUCGCGGCAUAGUCCGGCCCCGUACAUGUGGACGACCUCAAGUUGCAUAACAUUGUACGCAAACACAAUAGCGGACGAUGGGGGCGUCAGAUGCAUGACGUCAUUUUUAGACAAUGAUAGUUACGUGGUGAGAGAAUUUCUGCUGAAUGCGAAUACUAUUAAAGGUACAAAUUUUAUUGCAGAAACAUUAACUACGCAGCCUGAACCCGACGAAAGAACAUCAACUACUCGGCUCGAUGAAGGAACAUCAACUACUCUGCCCGAUGAAGGAACAUCAACUACUCUGCCCGAUGAAGGAACAUCAACUACACGGCUCAUUCAAAGAACAUCAACUACUCUGCCCGAUGAAGGAACAUCAUCUACUCGGCUCGAUGAAGGAACAUCAACUACUCUGCCCGAUGAAGGAACAUCAACUACACGGCUCAUUCAAAGAACAUCAACUACUCUGCCCGAUGAAGGAACAUCAGCUACUCGGCUCGAUGAAGGAACAUCAACUACUCUGCCCGAUGAAGGAACAUCAACUACUCUGCCCGAUGAAGGAACAUCAACCACGUGGCCUGAUGGAAGAACAUCAACUUCUCGGCCUGAUGAAGAAACAUCAACAGAUAGUUCAGUUGACGUCAAAGUUUACGUCAUUGUUACCAUUUCCGUCAUCGUAUGUCUCUUUGUUGCCAUAGUGAUUUUUUGGAGGUACCAUCACAAACCAAAACCUCGGCAACCUCCACCACAAAUAAACAAAGCCACCAAGUGGACGUCAGCGGAAUGUGUGGAAUUAGAGGAGACUGGUUUUCAGCUUCCCGAUGUUGACUACUCCUUUCCUCGUGAGAACAUCCAGCUUCUUGAGGUUCUAGGGUGUGGGAACUUUGGACAGGUGCACAAGGCCAUCGCUAAGGACCUGCUGGACGUGGGAACCAAAACACUUGUUGCAGUUAAGAUUUUGAAAAAGUCAUCUUCUUGCCAUCUUUUGGCGGAUUUCGAGAAGGAAAUCUCGGUUCACAAAACUCUGACCAAGCACUCCAAUGUGGUAUCCAUGUUGGGUUACUGCACAGACAGAGAUCCUUUCUACUUGGUUCUUGAAUUCCUCCCUGGAGGAAACCUUCAAGACUUCCUGAAGAAGAAGAAGUUAUCUUGGAAGGAGUCAAGACAAGUUGACUUUAAUGUUGAACCAGCAUCUCCCUUCCAGCUCCUCACGUUUGCAUCUCAGAUCGCCAACGGCAUGGAUUACUUAUCGUUUAAGGGGUGCAUUCACCGCGACCUGGCUUCUCGUAAUAUUCUACUGACUACUGACUUGGUGUGCAAGCUGUCUGAUUUUGGACUGGCACGUGACGUGUCGGCGACAGAGCAGUAUGAAAUGGCGUCAAAGGGACUGGUGCCAGUCCGUUGGUUAGCUAUGGAGUGCCUCGUGGACAACACAUACACCACGAUGAGCGAUGUGUGGUCAUUUGGGGUCCUGCUGUGGGAGAUUGUGACAUUGGGUGCUCAUCCCUACCGUGGUAUGUCGUACAAUGACAUCAUCGAUUGCUUAGUUGAGGGUCACAGGUUACCACAGCCAAGACAUUGCAGUAAACAGUUAUUUUCGAUCAUGAAGGAGUGCUGGCGAGAAGUCCCUCGUACACGUCCAACGUUCCUCAGCCUCAAGAGAACUCUGGACGUGAUGAUCGAAGACGCACCGGUGUACGUGAACAUGUCAAACUUUCAACCCGACAAGUACAUAACAUGAGCUCCAGUGACAGAAUCUACAACAAAUCUUAGUUUUAAACUGUCAACAUGGAUGGAUACCUUCCAUAAGAUUUUUAAUUGUCACUAUGUACAGUGUGCUGAGAUAAUAAUUGUAUGUGGUGCACUGGACACUAUUGGUAAUUGUCAAAGACCAGUCUUCUCACUUGGUGAAUCUCAACAUGCAUAA